CUUCCGUAAACACAAGGCGAGCGCAAUGUUGUAUCUGCACGCCGGUGUGUCGUGAAUAUUGCUUUUGCCUCUAUUUACGUAUCCCGAAUAUGUACGAUGUCUCACCCUGAAUUGUCCUGUACGUCCUCUGAUGCCACAGACAAGCCUUGUGUGAAUGAAAGUACAGAAGAUUGUGAGGCUGACACAAACACUAAGCAUGUGGGCACUGAUGGCGGUGCUCCAGGCAGCAGUGUGAGGGACCGUGUGUUAAAGGAGGUAGGAUUCACCAGCACUGCAUUCAUUGGUCCAGCGUUUCCUCCACAAACAACCUCAGCUGAGUCUGUCAUUGAAGACUCACUGAGUGAGUUUUACAGAGAGCUUGAGAAGAUCGAUGCCCCUGAUGGUGCUAAUGGUAACCCGGGGACACAAGAUGCAGCUUUUGAUCAGCCACUUGUAUCUCCUAAAUUACCUACCAGCAAAGAAACUCAGGAUAUACCUGAGGGGAGAAUUGUUAACACAAGAGAUUUUUCAGAAACAGAUGGUUCCCAGAAAAGCAGUGGAAGAAAACAGUCAGCGUGGCCUCACUGGUAUCAGAAUGAACCGUACAGUCCCAUGAGACAGAGGCCUGCCCCAGAGCUGAGCUCUUCUCAGUGGCAUUAUCCACAACCAAGGGAUAGACCACCAAACCUGAGAUUUCACAGACCACCAUUCCCUCACCAACCACCACCAUAUGCAUUCCCAAAUCAACAAAAAACACCACCACAUGUGAAUCCUACAUUUCAACAUCCAGGCGUGGCACAUCAUUAUCAAGAGGAGCUGCAUUUUCCACCUUUUUCUCGCUUCCCACCUCCAAAUGUAUGCAGGCAACCCUCUCAGGGCUUUUAUGGAGCUCCUCCACAUCAGUUUGAUAGGGAUGAGGGCCGCAGCUAUGACGGACACUCAGAUAAUGUAGAUGUCAGGUGGCCUAGAGAUAGAAAUCACGAGCUCUCUCAGUUCAACGAAGACUACGACAGGCUCCAGAGAUACGAUUCGGAAAAUGAACCUUGGGAGCAACAGCAUCACUACCAGCCUCGUGAUGAUACUCAUGCAUACCAUUCGGCCCUCGUGCUUAUCUUGAUGAGGGGAUUACCAGGAUCUGGGAAAUCCACACUCGCCAGGGAGCUGCUCUCCACCGGCCCCAGCGGGAUCAUUUUGAGCACAGAUGAUUACUUUGCACACAAAAAUUGCUACCACUAUGACCCCAGCCUUCUUGGAGCAGCACAUGAAUGGAAUCAGAUUAGAGCUAGAGACGCUCUUCGUGACGGCCUGUCUCCCAUUAUUAUUGAUAAUACAAACAUCCAAGCCUGGGAAAUGAAGCCAUAUGUCCAAAUGGCCUUGGAGAGAGGAUACAAAGUGGAUUUUCGUGAACCCGACACCAGAUGGAAAUUUGAUCCUUACGAGCUGGAGAAGAGGAACAAGCACGGCGUUCCUCAGGAGAAGAUCACACAGAUGAUGGAUCGCUUUUCCUUUCCCAUGUCCGUAGACAUCGUCAUGAAUUCUCAAGAACCGUCUCACGUGAACCAGAGACGUCGACCGGAGCAGCCGCAAAUGAUGAGGCGAAAACAAAAUUUCCAUUAAUGUCUGACAGAAUUUAACAGCCACAUAAAUCUGCCUCUAAGACCAUUUUUAGUGUAAAGAUUGUGAAUUUUUAUUUCUA